AUGUCAACUCUGUUUGAGCCCAGUUUCGUUAUCAACUUACUAGUGAGCUACUUGUCUGCGAUGCAACUUAAUUAUGUCACCGUUUUCAACUGUUGGAUAUUGGAAGAUAAUCGAUACUUGAUGGGUAAUCUGUCUGCAGUCACGAAAUUCGUUCAACUGGUUGAUUUGAACGACGAGAAUUUGCAUUUUGCUGAUCUGGCACAUCGUGCGUACCGAAGGGAUCGCACCAGAAUCGGAGUGCUUUUCGAAUUUGGAUGUCCUUCGAGCAGACGAAUGCUGCAAGAGUGUGCCGAUAAAAGAUGCUUUUCCACCUCCACCCACUGGGUCAUGUUUGAUCGAAAUGCGAAUGAUUCAGUAUUGGUGGAAUUGGAAUAUACUGAUCUAUACGUGGACGCUGAGCUGAAGGUGCUUUCAAAGGAGUCCGACGGUAAUUUCAGUUUGUAUGAUGUGUACAACAAUGGAUUCCUGCUCGGAGGAAAGCUCAAUGUUACCUUCGAUCGGGAGGUGUUUGCCUUCGACGAUGGACGUAUCGCCUUGGGUGAAAGUACGGUAGAUGCGAAGCCGAAGUAUCACAAUCGAAAUAUGUUGUCGGAUAUUGGUUUGAGAGCAGGAAUAGUAUCACAAUGUUGCCCGUUUCCGAAUAUAACGGUGGAAGAAGUUUUGGAAUUCUUCGAAUCGUAUAAGAAACCGGGAACAGAUGCAGCUGCUCGUAUUGGAUACAUGUUGACAAAGGCACUUGAAGCUGAUAUGAAAUUUAAAAUCGACUUCGUAUUCUCUGGACAAACGUUGGGAAAUGGAACAUUUGAGGACAAUGCUGAGGCUGUGUUAAAUAAACAAAUAGAUUUAUCUAUUUUUGGAGUAAUGAAACAAACUACAAAUGAACUGGCGUACAUUCAGAAUUUCAUGGCUUACAAAUCAAUGUUCAUAUUCAGAACGCCAGCGAGCAGAAGUUUAAUGGAUAACAUAUUCACACAACCAUUUGCUAUGGAAACAUGGAUCGCAAUUGCACUAACUAUAAUCCUGGGAAGUGUUGCCGUAAAGAUCAACUUCCUGGCCGAAGAACAAAUGACGCCGGAUGUCGAUUAUCAUGAAAACUACGCAUUGUCCACAAUGCUUACGGAAUCACUAGCAAACUUUUGCCAGGAAGGAUGUGAAUUCAUCAAUCGCAGCUCACCAGGGCGCCUAUCUCAAAUGAUACUGUUCAUUUGCUCUAUUGUUGUGUUUAAUUAUUACAGCUCGGGUUUAUUCUCAAUUCUAAUGCAAGGACCGCAGAUGUCAAAUAUUAAAACUCUUGAACAACUGGCCGAUAGUCAGAUGUUGGUAGGCAUCGAUGGCACCGUUGAAGCAAAGGAAUUCUUUAUGACUCACACGUCUUCGUGA